CAUAGUUGCUGUGGGUUGAUUGGGCCGCCACAGUGGACAGCAGACGACCUCUGGACGACGGCUGGUAUGGAUAAGGCCUGUGAGACACCCAAAAACUGCGGUUAUAUGGUUGUCCCUCUUUCUCCACUACACUCAGGUGUAAAACUACUACAUUGGACAGCGAGCACGCUAAAAACCAAAGCCCAAAAGCAGUGAAGGAGAGGAGAGCACGCUGCCGCCUGCCAUGAAGGACGGCUCUGUGUACUAGACGGGUCCCCCCAGCAUCGCCGUUGGUACCUCAAAAUGGACUUCCUGUUAAGCGGCGUGGCGGCAUGCGGAGCCUGUCUGUUGACCAACCCGCUGGAGGUGGUCAAGACGCGCAUGCAACUGCAGGGAGAGCUCAAAAGUCGGGGCACCUACCAGGUUUACUACCGGAAUGUCUUUCACGCUUUCUAUACCAUCGGUAAAGUGGAUGGCUUGGCCGGCUUACAGAAAGGUUUGAUGCCUGGAUUGGUGUAUCAGUUUUUUAUGAAUGGAGUCCGCCUCGGCUCGUACGCCAUCAUAGAAUCUUCUGGCUACAUCCACACUGAUGGAAGGGUCAGUGCGGUGAAGACCAUCAUAGCUGGAGCUGCGGCAGGAGUGGUGGGAGCUGUCAUGGGCAGCCCUGUCUAUUUGGUAAAGACUCAUCUGCAGAGUCAGUCCACCAUUGCUGUAGGACAUCAGUAUAAACACAAGGGGAUGACACAUGCUCUGGCAGUUAUUUACAAGGAGCACGGGAUUCUGGGACUGUGGAGGGGCGCCAGUGCUGCCAUACCGAGGGUCAGCGUGGGUUCAGCUUCUCAACUAUCGACAUUCUCCUCUGCCAAGGAGCUGGUGGUUGAUCUUCAGGUGUUUCCAAAGGACAGCUGGUUGGUGGCACUGAGCGCCGGCAUGAUCAGCAGCGUGGCGGUGGUGCUGGCGAUGACACCUUUCGAUGUGGUGAGCACGCGGCUCUACAACCAGCCUGUGGAUCACCAAGGCAAGGGGCAGCUUUAUAAAGGAUUCACCGACUGCUUUUCUAAGACGCUGAAAAAGGAAGGGCUAAUGGGACUCUAUAAAGGUUUGGGAGCCUCUUAUUUCCGGAUAGGUCCUCACACCAUUCUCUCGUUGUUCUUUUGGGAUGAACUACGCAAAUUUUACCAGCAGUUCAGAUAACACCAGGGACCAGGAGGUUUGAAAAUCUGUGAGCAGACAGGUUAAAUUGAGUGUAUAAUAUGAAGUUAAACAAAAACCAGUGGAGGCGUUCCUUCCUCAUUGAGCAAGGAGUAUAUUGAAGAACAAAAACACAUUAGUGGACUUUAAAAGGAACAGGGAGUGAAAAUGUGACGACACACUUAGUGACACAGAAUGUGCACAUGUAGGAUGGAAACCAGUCAGUUAAUAGAUAUUGAAGGAAUACCGUACGUAGGCUUGAGUAAUAACCUCAAAGGUAGUACCUCUCAGCAUCAGAGCUGUUCGUAUGCAAUAGAUGGCCGUAUAAAUGGCCCACUACCUCUAACCAUUUUUCAUUCCAUACAAUCUUAUCAAGUCCUAUUCAAGUAAGACAAAUUACUACUGAUUUGUAGUAUAGCCAUCCCAUUGUGUCUGAUGAUCACUUCACUGGGACCACACACUCCCAUGCCUGCAAUAAUUGCAUAAUAUGGACUUAAGUGGCCGACUCUUAUUGCCAAAACAAAACACUUCAUAGAUUUUGUUUACAUUCACCAGGUGAUCAUGGUGAUUGAGCUACACUGAAUGAUUAGUGCACUAACAUACUAUAUAUAAUUGCCUUAUAUAUAUUUGCACCAUAUGAAUACAGUAUCCAUCAUAUGUAAAAGAUGGAUAACCCCAUGGGAGAGGAAUGUCCUUUUAUUUGUUUCGGAACACAUAAAUUCCCCUAGCAGCUCAAAUUUAUUGAAUUAUUUAAUUGUAUAUUCUGUUGAUUUUCAACACACUCCAAUUCCCAUGACGUGCACAUCUGGGCUGUGCUCUCAUGAACUGAAGGAAUGAUCAUGUUUUCAAAUCUUUUUAGUUCCCUAUUUUCACACCAUGGAGAAAAACAUGCUUCUAGUUUUGUACGUGUAUUUUUUAUUUUGUUUUACUAUUUAUGGCAAUAGCGAACAUUGAGAGGGCAUUUUUCAUGUGGUGACGCCUUCCUGUUUGUUGACUCUGUACUAUAUAUUACACAGCUUUCUAUGCAUUAUAGACGCGUUUAAUUUCAAAGAUGAGGAAUUACCUGAUGAAUUUUAAGAAUUUAUGACAACUAAUCUGCGCAAAAUAUUAUGCCAUUGCUGAGCCGCGCAUCAAUUUAGAAUCUUUUCAAUCAACUUCAUACACAGCAACAUAUUUAUGUCUGACAUUUUUAUUUAGCUCUUCUAAACAAUUGUCAAGCUUUAGAACAGAUUUGAUGGCUUACAUUAAAGCAUUAGCUUAAAAUUUCUGCUAAUUUUUUCUAAAAUUUGCUCAUUUAAAGGGGACCCAAUUUUGCUCAUUUUCGGCACUUUGUAUUGAGUUGUGGACUCCGAUAGAGCAGCUCCGCACAAUAACCCUCAUAGAAUGCUUAAUACAUCUUCCAGAUUCUGCGCCUCUUUCUGAUGCGUUUCCAUGGACUUCCUGCUUUUGAUCCAAACCCAAAUUUACUGUAGGUACGCCCACUCCACUUUGAUUGGUCACACUCCAAAGCACCCCUGAAGAAUUCCGAAUAUGCAGGUCCGUGUUUACUGUGUGCAGGCAGUCCGCAGCCCAUACAAGAAAGUCCGGGUCACAUUGACCAUAGAACUCCAGGUAUUCCAGGUAGAUGCUUUGGCAUCUUUUAACACGAGAAAACAACGUUGUAACGAUAUUUAUAGGUCAGAAAAAUGGAAAAUGCAUAAUAGGGUCCCCUUUAAGUCGUUGUUACUUGACUAACAUUACAUUUGCUAUUAAAACACAAACCGUAGAAGAAGGUAACAGCAUAUUAAUGCUUGAAUGUUUGAUCCAUAAGACUUGUGUAGCACUUUUUUAGUUUUCAUAACCAUGUUACAUGCAGACUACUCCGCCUGAUGAAGUAAAUUAUUGUUUUAUGUAAAAGAAACAC